CCUGCCCACUCGCUCUCCUCGGGGAGGCACGCAACGACUUGCUUUCGCAGCCCGGCUGCAAAGCACCCCAAAUUAGACCCUUUAGGUUGGCUGCGUCGUCAACCGAAAGGAAAGAAGAAGGUCGCCCCGAAGACUCGUCUCCCGAGCAGCCCGGAGGGAUGCUGCGAGAUGGCAGAUGAAGGGGUGACGGGACUUCUCUGUGGAAGGAGGCUGGAAUGGGUGGAAAUCAUCGAGCCUCGCACCCGGGAGCGCAUGUACGCCAACCUCAUCACGGGGGAGUGCGUGUGGGACCCCCCCGCCGGCGUGCGGAUCAAACGCACCAAUGAAAACCAGUGGUGGGAGCUCUUCGACCCCAACACCUCCCGCUUCUACUACUACAAUGCCACCACGCAGAGGACGGUGUGGCACCGGCCGCAAAACUGCGAUAUCAUCCCUCUGGCCAAGCUGCAGACCCUGAAGCAGAACACGGAGUCGCCGAGGGCUUCCACGGAGAACAGCCCCGGGAGGAGCAGCAACGUCAGCAGGGAAGGCAGCACCAGUUCCUCCCUGGAGCAGGAACUGGAGGGCAGCGAGAAGGUGCAGGAGCCGAGGUCGAGCCGUCAGUCCACCCAAUACGCCGUCGUGAAAGAAGAAACGGAAAGUUCGUCGCCUUCCGGAGUGUUUGAGAAAGAAUAUGACAUUUAUCGGGAUUACAGUGCGGAAGGUCAACUCCUCCACUACAGGACGUCGUCCCUGCGAUGGAACGCCGGCACCAAGGAGCGGAUGCUGAUCAAGGUGACCGACCGCGAGCCCAGCUUCCUCAUGCACCAAGGCAAUGGCUACGCCCCCGAAAACCAACCGGGCACCCGUUCGCGGCGACCCUCGGGGGGCCAACAGUCGCCCAACCUACAAACCUUCGCCCCCGACACCGACAACUCCGUCUUCUUCCCGGAGAGGAAGCAGUCGCCCUUCUUGAAGAGGGCCGAGCACGUGGGCAGCUGCUCGCCGCUGCUCGGCCGGGGGGACUCGUUCUGCUCCCCCCUCCAAGCCCAGCACCGCAAGCACUCCAGCGAGUCGCAACCCUCCUCGCCCCGCUACGCCUACGAGCCCCCCCUCUACGAGGAACCCCCCAUGGAGUACCAGGCUCCCAUCUACGACGAACCCCCCGUGGACAUGCAGUACGAAGCCAGCGGGAGCUACAAGGCGGGUUCGCCGCAGAAAUCGCCCAUCCGUAAACCUCACCCCUUCCUGCAGUCGCCCAAGCAAGGCUCCAACUCGCCCUACCAGCAGUUGGUGCUCACCAAACAGAAGUGUCCUGACCGCUUCAUGAGCCUGGAGUACAGCCCCGCCGGCAAGGAGUAUGUCAGGCAACUGGUCUACGUCGAGCAGUCGGGCUCCAGCCCCAAGAUGAAGACGGGGUUGAGGCACAAAUACUCCCCCAACCCCAUCGGCGGCUCCUACUCGCUGCAGCACAGCCCCUGCCUGGUCCGGGACCAACGCUUGGAGAUCAAAUCAGGUGACUACAGCAGCAUGGAGGGGCCCGACUUCUGCCCUGGCCCAACAAGUGGCCAGGUGGCCCAGGGCGAGGACUCCAUGUCGUGGUCCAGCCAACAGGACACCUUGUCCUCCACCGGCUACUCGCCCUCCACCAGAAAGAGGAAAAGCCGAAAGCCUUCCCUAUCUCACGACCCCAACGCCUCCUCCACGGACGGCUCGGGGGACCGGGAGGUGUUGGGUGAGCUGGGUGAGGAACGAGCCACCCCGGGACCCAACAGGUCACCGAUGAACCGUACGGAGAGCAAGGCGGCGGAGGCGGAGGCGGCACGGGGCUUCCCCGAGCCCUUCCUGGCGCAGGCGCGCCUGGCUUGGGAAGCCCAGCAAGCCCACUACCACAUGAAACAACGGAGCAGCUGGGAUUCCCAAAAGGACGGUUCAGGCUAUGAGAGUGACGGUGCCCUCCCCUUGCCCAUGCCGGGUCCGGUGGUGCGAGCCUUCAGCGAGGACGAGGCGUUGGCGCAGCAGGAGAACAAGCACUGGAAGAGAAACACCUUCGAGAAGCUGGGCUUCCCCCAGAUCCUGCUGGAGAAGAGCGUCUCCGUGCAGACCAACCUGGCCUCCCCCGAGCCCUACCUGCACCCGUCUCAGUCGGAGGAUCUCGGUGCCUGCGCCCAGUUCGAGAGCAGCAGACAGACCAGGAACAUGAUGCCUAGCGCCAGCUGUGUCUUCCCCACCUUCAACCUGCGGAAGCCCUCCUCGGAGACGGACAUUGAGAACUGGGCCUCCAAGCACUUCAACAAGCACACCCAAGGGCUCUUCCGCAGGAAGGUGUCCAUCGCCAACAUGCUGGCCUGGAGCAGCGAGUCCAUCAAGAAGCCCAUGAUCAUGACCAACGACCGCAACGUCAAGAAAGAGGCGUGCGAGAUAUUUAAACUGAUUCAGAUGUACAUGGGGGACCGGCGGGCCAAGACGGACCAGCUCAACGUGGCCUUGGAGAUCGCCACCAAAGGCUGGAGCAUGCAGGGUCUGAGAGACGAGCUCUACAUCCAGCUGUGCCGGCAGACCACCGAGAACUUCCGUUACGAGAGCCUGGCCCGGGGCUGGGAGCUCAUGGCCAUUUGUUUGGCCUUUUUCCCACCCACUCCCAAAUUUCAUUCCUACCUAGAAGGAUAUAUUUACAGGCACAUGGAUCCGGUGAAUGACACUAAAGUGACCCAGCACAUUAAAGAGAUCCUGGAAAGGACCAAUAAGAAGAAAUCCAAAUUGAGAAAGAAACCCAAGCCCUAUAUCGAAGAGCACGAUGGGGUGGCAAUAAGCACUUACGCCAAGUACUGCUACAACAAGCUGCAGAAGGCAGCGCUGACGGGAGCCAAGAAGGGCUUGAAGAAGCCAAACAUCGAGGAGAUCCGCCACGCCAAGAACGCCGUCUUCAACCCUUCCAUGUUUGGCAGCUCCCUGCAGGACAUCAUCACCAUGCAGAAGGAGCGGUACCCCGACCGGCAGCUGCCCUGGGUCCAGACCCGCCUCUCCGAGGAGGUCCUGGCCCUCAACGGCGACCAGACCGAGGGCAUCUUCAGAGUCCCCGGUGACAUCGACGAGGUGAACGCCCUCAAGCUGCAGGUGGACCAGUGGAAGAUCCCCACGGGCUUGGAGGACCCCCACGUUCCCGCCUCCCUGCUGAAGCUCUGGUACCGGGAGCUGGAGGAACCGCUGAUCCCCCACGAGUUUUACGAGCAGUGCAUCACCCACUACGAGAACCCCGAGGCGGCCAUCGCUGUCGUCCACUCUCUGCCCAGGAUCAACAAAACGGUGCUGUGCUACCUCAUCCGCUUCCUCCAGGUGUUCGUGCAGCCGGCCAACGUGGCCGUCACCAAGAUGGACGUCAAUAACCUGGCCAUGGUGAUGGCCCCCAACUGCCUGCGCUGCCAGUCGGACGACCCGCGGAUCAUCUUCGAGAACACCCGCAAGGAGAUGUCCUUCAUCCGGGUGCUCAUCCAGCACCUCGACACCAGCUUCAUGGAGGGCGUCCUAUAGCAGCCGCCGACGCGCGCGUGUGUGUGUGUGUGUCACCCCCUCCUCAAAUCUCCCCCCACCCCCCCCUCAAUGAGCCCCCCCCCGCCCUUUCCCCCGGCCGAGGAGCACAAGCUGGACCCCGCGGAAGGAGGGUGCUGGUGGCACCCUGCCCAUCCUGCUCCAGGACACGGGGACCGUUCCUGGUGUCCCGGCCCGACCUUCCAGCCAUCUCACUGCCCACCUCUCCGGGGGCGGGGGGGGGGGGGGGGGAGUGUGGGGUGUGUGGAACAGGGGGGAUCGGCCGUUUCGGGGGUCCCCGGGGGAUGGUGGCACCCACAGAGCAAGGCGAGGAGCAUCCCUGGGGACGGGUGACGUUUCCAGUCCUGCGUGGCCAUGGGUGACGGGCGGGGAGGCAUCAAACGGGUUCCCCCCCCCCCCAACAUCUUCAUUUGGGGUCGGGUGUCUGGCUGAGAGCAGAGCCGUGGGGCGGCCGUGGGGCGGGGAGAACCUCCGGGGGGGGGCGAGGGGGGAAUGGACCAGGAGAAGCCACCGGCGCUGCGCCGAGCGCCCGGAGAACGUGGCACGUCAACGACCUGAGUGACAAGUGUCCCCACCCCGCAGGGAAGGAGACGGCGGCACAACCGGGGUGCAGCUCGGGGUGCACCCAGGGGGAUGGGUGCUGGGGGGGGUGGGGGGGGCGCGCCCCAAAGGUCCUGUCUCGGCGCCCACCACGUCUGCUUGGCCCUGCUGGACCCAGCGCAGGACCCGGCGUCUGCUCCUGGCCUUGAAGGACCCAUCCUGCCACCCAUCAUCUCUGCCUGGAUCUGCUGGACUCAUCUUGGCUUGGUCCUCUUGGACCCACCUUGGUGUCCAUCAUCUCCUCCUGGUCCUGCUGGACUCAUCUUGGCACCCAUAACCCCUGCCUGGUCCUCCCGGACCCACCUUGGUGUCCAUCUCCUCCUCCUGGUCCUGCUGGACUCAUCUUGGCACCCAUAACCCCUGCCUGGUCCUCCCGGACCCACCUUGGUGUCCAUCAUCUCCUCCUGGUCCUGCUGGACUCAUCUUGGCACCCAUAACCCCUGCCUGGUCCUCCCGGACCCACCUUGGUGUCCAUCUCCUCCUCCUGGUCCUGCUGGACUCAUCUUGGCACCCAUAACCCCUGCCUGGUCCUCCCGGACCCACCUUGGUGUCCAUCAUCUCCUCCUGGUCCUGCUGGACUCAUCUUGGCACCCAUAACCCCUGCCUGGUCCUCCCGGACCCACCUUGGUGUCCAUCUCCUCCUCCUGGUCCUGCUGGACUCAUCUUGGCACCCAUAACCCCUGCCUGGUCCUCCCGGACCCACCUUGGUGUCCAUCUCCUCCUCCUGGUCCUGCUGGACCCACCUUGGCACUUGUCAUCACCUCCUGGUCCUGCCCAACUCGUCGUGGCACCUGUCAUGUCCUCCUGCUCCUGCUGGAUCCAUCACCUCCUCCUGCUUCUCUGGACCCAUCUUCAUGCCCAUCAUCUCCUCCUGGUGCUGGCCAACUCGUCUUUGUGCCCAUCAUCUCUGCUUGGGGCCUGCUGGACCCAUCUUGGCAUCUCUCAUGUCCUGGUCCUGCCGGAACCAUCUAGGCACUCAUCAUUUCCUGGUUCUCCUGGAACCAUCUUGAUGCCCGUCAUUUCUGCUUGGUCCUGCCCAAAACAUCUUGGUACCCAUCAUCUCCUCCUGCUCGUGCUGGACUCAUCUUGGUGCCCAUCGUCUUCUCCUGAUUCUCCUGGACCCAUCUUGGCAUCCGUCAUCUCCUCCUGCUCCUGCUGAAC